UUAUCCUAAGAGAGAUAGUAGUUUGAAUGAGUGUUUGAGUAGUGUGUUGAGUGAGUGAGAAAGGAAAGGAUGGGGUUCGUGGCGGGUACCUCCUCCGUCCUCUAUCCGUAUUAUCGCCCCAAAAAUGGACACUCCAACACCAAGUUCGGAGCUACUACGACGUCGUGUUGUUUGGGCCAACCCGACCCAAUCUGCAAGAAGAGAACCUUUCUCUUAAUGGGUUUCGCCCUUCUCCCAUUUCGCCGAUUGAAGCGAGCCCCAGCUCUUCAACCCCAAUCCCCAACCCCAAAAGAAAGUGAGGUGAAGACACCAGAGGAUAACCAGAAACCAGAGACAGCUCCUGAAGUGGUUGAACCAUCAAAUUCCUUUCUGCCUCUCCUGAAUGGAGUUGGAAUAUUUUCUUCUGGUGUGGUGGGUGCUCUCUAUGCACUUGCUCAGAAAGAGAAGUCCUCUGCUGUUGCAACAAUAGAAACAGUGAGUAACAAACUGAAGGAAAAGGAAGAGCUGAUUGUUUCCGUGAAGAAGAACUAUGAGUUGGAGUUACUGAACAAGCAGGAGGAACAGACCAAGCUACUUGAAAAGGCAAAGGAAGAGCAGAAAGCAUUGAUAAACAAACUUAAUUCUGCAAACAGCACUAUCAACCACUUGGGACAUGAGCUUAAAAAUGAGAGAAGUUUGAUUGGAGAGCUGAAACUUCAAAUUGACAGACUUGAAACUGCACUUACAAAGAGUGAUACAGAUAAGAAGGAUCUUGAAAACAAAUUGAAAGAAAAGAUAGAUUCCAUUGAAAUUUUACAGGAAAGAAUCAAUCAAUUGAGUGUGGAUCUCAAGGACAAAGAAGAUGUUGUUCAGAAUCUUAAUACAUCCCUUGCAGAAAAGGAGUUGGAACUGAGGAGUUUGAAUUCUACCUAUGAGCAAACCAAGGAUGACUUAUCCAAUGUUCGUUUGCAGAUUCAGGGGUUGGAAAAUGAACUACGGAAAAGCCAAGAGGAACUAGAAGAAAAAGAUUCCAUGGUGGUAGAACUAAAUUCAAGAAUAAGUUCCUUAACUCUUGAGAACAAUGAUUUUAGGAGUAAAUAUGAUGUCAAGGAAAAGGAAUACAAUGACCUAAAGUUCACAGCAGACAAGAAGACUGCUUCAGAUGCUAAGGUUUUAAGAGAAAAAGAAGAGGAGCUUCAGCAGCUAAAGAAUCAGUUUGAACUUGCCCUGGGUGAAGCAAGUAGAAACCAGAUCAUCAUUGCUGAUUUAUCCCAAGAAAGAGAUGAUUUGAAGGAGGUUCUAGAGAAUGAAUCUGGCAAAGUGAGCAAUUUGAAGUAUGAACUCCAAGUCACCCAGGAGAAUCUUGAAAAUUCAAGAAAUGAAUCUGCUGAAUUGGAAAUACUUCUAAAUGAGUCAAACAAAUUGCGCAAAGAGCUCGAGGCUGAGGUCUCUCAGCUUUCAUCUGAGCUCAUUGAAGUUAAAAAAUCGCUACAGAGAAGCCUUGAUGAUUCAAAACAUGAGGCAGAAAUACUGGCAAGUGAGCUUACAACCACAAAGGAAAAUUUGAAAAAAACACAAACAGAGCUGCAAAGGGUGUCCAGUGAAUUGACAGUUGCUCUUGAAAAACGUGAUAACCUACAAAAAGAAUUAAUUGACAUCUACAAAAAGGCUGAAACCACAGCAGAGGAUUUGAAGGAAGAAAAACGGUUAGUUGCUUCUUUGAAUAAAGAUUUAAAAGCUUUGGAAAAGCAAGUGUCAAAAGACAAGGAGGACCGGAGAUCUAUUGAGCAGGACCUGGAGGAGGCUACCAAAUCACUAGAUGAAAUGAACCGAAAUGCUGUGAUCCUUUCUGGUGAACUAGAGAGAGCUAAUUCUCUUAUUUCUAGCCUUGAAAAAGAGAAAGAGGUGCUUUUGAAGUCCCUUACAGACCAAAGAAAUGCAAGCAAAGAGGCCCAAGACAACAUUGAAGAUGCACAUAACCUCAUCGUGAGACUUGGGAAAGAAAGAGAGAAUUUAGAGAACAGAAGGAAGAAAUUGGAGGAGGAAUUGGCUGCUGCCAAAGGUGAGAUAUUGCGCUUGAGGAGUCGAAUCAAUUCUUUGAAAGUUGCUGUUAACAAUGAGCAAGUGCAGAAAGAUGAAGGUCAAACCAAAUCAUCUUCAAAAGUUGCUGUUGACAAUGAGCAAGUGCAGAAAGAUGAAGGUGAAACUAAAUCUUCUUCAACAGUUGCUGUUGACAAUGAGCAAGUGCAGAAAGAUGAAGGUGAAACCAAGGUUCCUGCAAGUGCGAGGAAGAAUGUCAGAAGAAGAAAGGCUAACCCCCAAUAACAUAGAGAAAGUAGAGAACCUUCCAUUUUAAAAAAAAUUCAAUUAGGAGAAUGAUAUUCUGUAAUAAAUAAUUUGGAAGCCAGAUGAUAUUGAACUUUACUUCCUUGGCAUGCAAAAUUUUCCAUUUUGCUAUUGUAUUGUACAAAUGAAAUCACCUGAUAGGAAUUGUUGAGGUAAGCUUUAGGAGAGUUGAUUUUUGAUAGUUUUCAUUAUAAACCUAAAAAAGGAGAAUCUGCAACAUUGAACUUUAUUUGGUGUAUAUGCAGCUAUUUUUCCUGGUCUAUCAAGCAAAUCAACAAGCUUGCCACAACACUUUUUCCUGAUAUUGCGUACAAUUGGUUAUUUGGUUGACUCUGCCACCUCCAA